UCUUUCCCCCUACCUCCUAAAGAUAAUAAUUAUACGGGGUGUCCUACGAAAGGCUGAAACAUAUAAGGCUGAAUGCUCAUAAGGCUGAACUCAAAAGGCUGAAAGUAUUCUCUGAUUUUGUCAAAAUUGCACGAGGCGAACCCUCCAGGAAAGGUACCGCCGCGCUUUCUGCACCCCGUUUACUUGAUUCUUAUGGGUGAAUAGCAUUGCGGUGUAUCGUUUGGCGCGGCCGUACCUUUCGACAGUCAUUCGCCGCGUGAAGUUUUGUGCAAGUACCCAUUUGGGAACAUUACAAACGCCGCGUAGUGUAUCACAUCCAGAGAAUCUGACAAAUAUCAGAAGGCUGAAAGGUAUCGAAAGGCUGAAAUUGAUGGGAUGAAAUGAAUCCCAACCAUACGAUAUGUUGUACCAACUAUGUUGAGUGGUUGGAUAGUGAAUAAUUGAUAAAGAAUAAAGAAUAAAGAAUAAAGCAAAAUGAACGAUAUUUUGGUUUAGAACUUGUAACUCAAAAUGUGCAUGGCUUAAGGUGAUUAUACAAUAAAGCCAGAAAUCGGCCAUUUUGUAAACCACGUGCUUUUCCAAUAUUUUUUUCAAGAGCACGAGAUGAAAGAACCAAAACGCCUAUGAGGCUGAAAUAAUGGUAGAUCGAUUGCUUAGUUAUGCUGAACAAAAGAUAUUUUAGUUACUAGAUAAAGAUUGUCGCUGUCGUCGCUGUCCGGAACAUCUUUUGCUGGCGAGGAUAGGGGAGCUAAAUGUCAAAGAAGGAAAAUCCAUACGAUUUGACAGGUAUGUACCACACAUGUUUCGGACAGCAGAACAAAGGGAACCGAAGCGACAAUCUUUAUCUAGUAACUAAAAUAUCUUUUUGCUGAACAAUCAUAAUUUGAGUUUCGGCACUGUACGAAAACUAUUACGGUAGAUUUGGGCUUUUGGAAAUGUAUGUAAAUAAACGUGUGGUUAAUUUGAAAUUCACCACGGGCUUCAUUCUAUAAUCAUCUUAAAUGCAACAACAGUGCCAAUAUUACAUCAAACUAGUAUUUUGCGAAAGCGGGCUGAAUUUUGCUAAAAUCUAGCUUUCAAAUAGAUAUUUCAUGAUUUGAAAUAGUUCGGUGAGCAUGAAAUGCUUAAUAUAUGAUGUAGCAUGGAAAAUAAUACGAGAAAUCCAUAAACAGGGGCCGUUACCCACUUUACCCCGCCUAUUCACUUUACCCCCGCUACCCCUACAGGUAAAGAUAAGCCAGCAGCGCAUUGAAGGUAGGGCAUAUGGGUACAUUAGUUUAGUUGGUAUAAAUUAGUUGUGAGUGUGAUUCAUAUAUAUAUAUAUAUAUAUAUACCUUCCUAUUAUUGAAUUAGUACAGUAUAGCUGAGUUGGUUGAAGAAGAAAGUGGUGAACGAUAGGAAUAAAUGUUACAAGUCAAAUUUAUUGUGAAAGUUAAUAUUAUCGGUGAGAAUACUCAAAACAAAAAUGUUCAUUGUGUGUCCUAUUGAGAAGUGCUUCUCACAAUUCACAACAAGUGUGUACAAAUAUUUUCUAAACUCUACACCUACAAACGACACGUGAAGAACCAUCAGUUUGAUAGGCCUACUGAAAAUAUUCAAAACGAAACAGAUGAAACAGUUGGGAAGCUGCCAUGUGAAUUGCAGCAGAUGGACAUGCAUAAAGAGAACACAUCGAAUGAUAUAGACAACGAUAGAAGUAUAAACAAAUUAGAAGCUAACAUAUUACAUAUUCGACAAGCGGCGGUUGAAUUCACAUUGAAAAUUCAUGACAGAUCCAAUAUAACCAGACAAGAUGUCAGAAAUAUCCAAAAUGCUACGCAACAAUUUUGUCUUAAUGCGGUUCAAAAACUUGAAACCCUUAUUGUACCUCAAAAUCCGCAGAUUCAGUAUGAAAUCGAUAAAUAUCUGAACGAAAUGAAAAAUCCAUUCGAAUUUAUUAAUACAGAUUUCAAGUUCUUUGGUGAACUAAAAGAAUUAGGAUUAUUUGAGCAUCCUUCAAUUUUAGCUUUAGAAGAAGACAAAAUCACAUCAGUUUCGUUUGUUGAGGGACGCAAAUCUUGCCUCGUGUUGAAUCCCAUUGAAUUUCAAGUGCGUUCUUUUUUUGAAACUGGAGAUGUGCUUAAAAAAACUGUCGAAAAUACGUCUCAUUAUGACCAAUUGGCAAACAAUGCACAUUUUGUUAAUGGACAUAUAUGGGGUAACAUUAAAACCAAGUAUUGCGAGCAAAAUUUAAAACAAAAUAUUAAUUACAUUUUACCAAUAUGGCUUUACGCCGAUGAAUUCGAGAUAAAUGAUCCAUUGAGUUCACAUAAUAAAACGGACUCUGUUUGCGGAAUAUAUUAUAGCUUUCCAACAGUUCCUGAUGAUUACAAAUCUAAGUUAUGUAAUAUUUUUGUCGCAGGUGUUAUUCGUAAAGUGGCUAUCAGUAAUGUAGGCGUGAACAGUUUUAUCAGUAAGCUUAUUAAACCAUUUAAAAGGCUCGAAGAGGAAGGUAUUGUUAUAAAUCUUCAAUCUGGCCAGGUAAAAAUUCGUUUUGUUUUGAGUUUACUUCAAGGUGAUAAUCUUGGUGUACAUACGUUAUUAUUUCUGUCAUCCGGAUUCAAUGCGACUUACUACUGUCGAUUUUGUCGAAGACAUAAAACACAGAUGCAGACUGAUUUUGAGUCUCAUGAAGAUUUUGCUCGCAAUAGACAAAAUUAUAGCUUGGACGUAAAUACUAAAAAACAUUCAUUGACUGGGAUUUCAGGCCCUUCAGCUUUUAAUGAUUUACCGUCUUUCCACGUCGUAGAGAAUCUUUCUGUAGACCCCAUGCACGAUCUUUUCAGCACAGGAAUUUGUAAAUAUGGUUUUGUGGCUGCUCUGUCUAAUUUUAUUUACGUUAAAAAAUAUUUCAAUAUAUCUAAACUAAACAUGCGUAAAAUAGCUGUAAGCAGAAUUUCAUGUGAUAUUGCACUUCGUCGAAUGCCUGAUAUUGAGGAAGGAUAUGAUAAAAAACGUAAAUGUAAGUUGGUUAGUAUACGAUCAACUGCCGCAGAAAUGAAAGCAUUUUGUUUCAAUUUUUCAAUUAUUGUAGGCCCCUUAGUACCAAACAAUGAUCCCGUAUGGGAAUAUUGUACUGUAUUAAUCAAUCUAAUCGACUUGAUACUUUCGAAGACAUUCUCAGAAGAGGAUUUAUUACGAAUGCAGAAUCUUAUCCAGCAGCAUCAUACUUUAUACAUAAAUUUGUUUGGUGACACGUUGAAACCUAAACAUCAUUUCAUAACGCACUACCCGAAAGUUAUUCAAAAAUACGGGCCAGUUGAAAGGAUGAUGUGCUUUAGAAAUGAAGCUAGGCACAAAGGAUUGAAAGAAUAUGCUCAUGCUAUGUCUUCUCGCACCAAUAUUGCAUAUUCGCUUUGUAUCAAAACGUGUUUACAAUUCAGCAAUUCAUUAUACAACAAGAUGUUUUUCAAAUUUGAAAACAAUGAUAAUUUUCAGAUACAAGAUAUACGUUCACGAUUAUAUUUCAACAAAAUUGCUGCUAACUGGCCAUUUGAUUUGAAUGACGAUAUAAAACUUGCACAUUCUGUUAUUUUCAACGGAAUUGAAUUCAAAAUUGAAAAUUGUGUUGUACAAGUUGAUAAUUUGGACAUAAGGCUUUACGAAAUUGAAGAGUUUGCUUGUUGUAAGGAUCAAUUAUACGCCGUAUGUCGAAUUUGGAAAGUUGGUAAUUAUAUUGAACAUUAUUUGGCAUAUGAAGCGAUAGAACGAUGUGGUGAUAUGUGUGUGAUUGAACUUAGUAGCAUUAAAGGACCACCAUUUAGUAUUCAUGAAGUGAAUAACACUUUUGUAUUCAGAUUCAGAAAGAGUUUCUAAUAAGUAGCUAAAUGUUUUUUUUUUAU